AUGUAAUGCACCUAUCAUCCUUAAAAUUCAAUAACAGUAAUCUGUAUAGCACCUCAUAUUUGUUAAAGGAAGCUUUGCGCAGAAUGCCAAUAUGAUCAUAAUGUGGAUCUUAAAAAGAUAAUCCCCAUCAAUAUAUUUAGACAAUUAAUGAUUAAGAAAUUCUAAGACUGUAAAAUAGGUGGGACACUUGAAUUUUAAGAUAUGAAAAAUAGCUCGAAAUAAAGGCUGUCCAAUUCUGAAAAUGAAUUUAAAUCAUUAUUGGGCCAUUUAACAGAAUAAAUAAAAUAAACUUAGGAGAUGUUAGAGAAAUAAGAAGAAUCAUACCUGGAUCUCAUAUAUUAAAAUGAGAACUUUGUAGAAUCAUCUAUAACUGUUUUACAAUAGCUAGUGUAAAUAUUAAAUGGUAGCAUUUUGGAUGAAUGGAAUGAUAAAAAAAAAAGCUAUGUAUCAAAAAUGAAAUUGGCACUUGAUUAGUUUGAUGUUUAAGUGUAGAUUUGUUUUGAAAAACUUAAAGAAGAAAUGAAAAUUAUAUAAUAGAUAAUUUAGAUGGAUAACGAUGAAAAAUUCAAAUGGUAAGAAGGUAUUUAAGAAUACAAAUGUCGGCAAUGGGAUUAUUAUGGUCAGAAAUUUAUUAACACAAAAUUUCUAAUUAAAUUUACCAAAGAAAAAGAAAUUUAAUAUAUCAGAGACGGUUCUAUCCUCAGAAGCCAAAACAUCAAAAAUAUUUAUGUGAAACCUGAAGUUUUAUCAAAUUUAGAGUAAAUUCAAUACCUUAGGUGGUUUGGAAAAUAUAACUACAAUAAUUAAAAUGUUGGUAAGUGGAUAGCUACAUGGAGAGGAGAAGGUUUAAGGGAUGUUGGAGGAUAGUACUCUGAUGAUGGGAAAAAAAAAGGUUUAUGGAAAGAACUAAUACCAGAUUAUUGGAACAAAACUUAUUCAUAGGGGUCUGGAGUAUAUAUGGAUGGCAAAAGAAGAUAAACCUGGAAAUAUAUUUACAAAGAUUAAGAACUUUGUGGGGGAGAAUACAAUGAGAAUGGAGAGAAAAAUGGAAAUUGGAAAGAGUUUUGGUAAGGAUUUUGGGAGAAAUCAUUUGUGAUCAAUAAGGGAGAAUAUAGAAAUGGCAAAAAAAUUGGUAAAUGGGAAAUGUUGUAUAAGCCGGAGGAUGAUAAUUAAUAUAAAAAAAUCGGAGGCGGCUAAUAUGAUUUAGAAGGUUCUGAGAUUAAGACUGGAGAGUGGAAUGAACUAAGAGAGGGAUUUUGGGAUAAAUCCUAAGUAAUCUAUAGUGGGGUAUACGAUAAUGGUAAAAAAGUUGGCAAAUGGGAAAUUUUUUAUAAAUAGUAAAAGAUAGGUGGUGGUGAAUAUGAUAAAGGAAAUGGAAUUUAGAUUGGGGAGUGGAUAGAAUUAAGCGAAGGAUUUUGGGAUAGAUCUUAAGUCACUUAUUCUGGGAAUUAUUAAAAUGGCAAAAAGGCUGGUAGAUGGAAUAUUUAGAAUUAAACUAAAUAGAUUGGUGGUGGAUCAUAUCAUGAAGCAGGAUCUGGGAUUAAGGUUGGAUAGUGGACUGAAAUAAGAGAGGGAUUUUGGGAUAGAUCAUAAGUAACUGAUAAAGGUGAAUAUAAAGAAGGCAAAAAAAUUGGUUAAUGGGAUACUUACUAUGAAAAUAAAUAAAUUGCUGGUGGAAAAUAUGAUGAAUAAGGGAAUCAACAUAAGGUUGGAUAAUGGGUUGAUUUGAGUGAUGGAUUUUAUGAAGAUUAAUAGGUAACCUAUUGUGGAGAAUAUAAAAACAAUAAAAAGGUUGGUAAAUGGGAGACUUCAUAUCAAAAUAAAAAAAUCGGCGGGGGAUAAUAUGAUUUAGAAGGAGAAGGAUUUAAGAUUGGAUAAUGGAUUGAUUUGAAUGACGCAUUUUAGUAUUACUCAUAAGUAUCCUAUAACGGGGAAUAUUAAAAUGGAAAAAAAACUGGUAGAUGGGAUAUUAAUUAUUAAGGAACAAAGAUAGGUGGAGGAUCUUAUGAUGAAAAAGGGGAUGGAACAUAAGUAGGGUAGUGGAUUGAGCUAGACGAUGGAUUCUGGGAGAAAUCAUAAAUAACCUAUGUUGGAAUGUAUAAAAACGGUAGAAAAAUUAGCAAAUGGGAAAUUUUACAUAAGGGCACUAAAAUUGGUGGAGGAUAUUACGAUGGGGAUAAUGGCCUUAAGUUAGGUAAAUGGACUGAGUUGAAGGAUGGGUUUUAUUACAUGAGUUAAAUCGCUUAUAUAGGUGAAUAUGAAUCUGGCAAAAAAUUUGGUACUUGGGUGGAAAUGGAUUUAACUAGGAACUAGAAAUUAAACGAAUACAAAUUUUAUCGAUGA